UUAAGAAUUCAUAAAUUAACAUAUUCCAGAUUAUGCCUCGUGCCCAAAAUGCGCAUGCUCAAGUGAACGCAGCUUUCCUAUAUGAAUUCGAUGAGCACCAGAAAGACGUAGUCCUCUCAGCCAGGAUUGUGAUCGGUGGACUGUCAGGCAAGUUCGUCCAUGCUACUGAAACCGAGAAGUUCCUUCACAUGAAGAAGAUAUUCACUAAUGAAGUGCUGCAGCAAGCACUGAAGAUACUGGAAGGUGAACUGAUAGUGGAGGAGAUUGCAGGCGAGAUGAAACCUGCGUACAGGAAGAAAUGUGCCCUCGGUCUGUUCUAUAAAGGUCUACUAGUACUUAUUCCGAAACAGCGUCUUAAACCUUGGUAUCGUUCAGGAGCGAGAGACUUUAGAAAGACUAGACCACUGUCUAAAGGCUCUGAAGUCUAUGAUACAAAUCCUAUAAUAUGGCCAGUCAACGAACCAAUGCCAAAAGUUGAAGCAUUAGUACAAUGUGCAGGAGAAGCGCAGUACUGCAAUGACUUACCAACACAACCUAAGGAAGUAUUUUGUGCUUUUGUGACGUCAGAUGUUGGCACAGGAGAGAUUGAGAGCAUCGACGCUACUCCAGCUCUGAAAAUACCCGGUGUAUUGGCUUUCUUCUCAGCUAAAGACAUUCCUGGCAAGAAUUCAUUCUUGUCACAAAGAGUACCUGCUCAGUUGUUCCCUGAAGAAGUUUUCGUUGAAAAAACCAUUAAAUAUUACGACCAACCGAUAGGACUGAUCGUUGCAGAAACUGAAAAACUGGCUAAUAGAGCUGCUUUAUUGGUGAAAGUAAAUUAUAAAGUUGAUAAAAAGAAACCAAUCUUGACGAUAAAGGACGCUAGAGAGAGAGAACCGAGUCGUGUAUCUUUGUUCUUAAUUUAUCCUGCUAGAGACCGCGGGUUGAACGUGCAGCGAGUACUCAAAGGUACUGAUGAAAUCUAUGCACAGUGUGCUUACUACAUGGAGUCACAAACUAGCGUCUCCAGACCCAGCGAAGAUGGUAUUGACGUGUACGCUAGUACGCAGUUUUUGGAUUCUUAUCAUAUCGCUCUUUCUGAAGUACUUAAUAUUCCACAAAACAGAAUAAACAUAACAGUACCCCGAUGUGGUGGCGCGUAUGGUAUGAAAAUAACUCGCGCGAACCAUAGUGGUGCUGCUUGCGCUCUGGUCACCCAUCUCAUGGACCGACCGUGCCGCUUCGUGAUGAGCAUGCAAUCUGACUUUAGAGUAACUGGCAAACGAUUACCUUGCACUAGAGACUUUGAAGUUGGCGUCAGUUCCUCUGGAGAAAUUCAAUACUUGGAAUACCAUUUGUACAGUGACAAUGGGUACGUUGUUAGUGAUCCUAUCAGCCCACUGCAGCUCGCUCCGAUCAGAAACUGCUACGACAACAGACGAUGGCAGUACAAGAUAUUCAACGUCAUAACAGACACAGCUUCCAACACAUAUCUUAGAUCACCAGGUUCUUUAGAAGCAAUAUCAAUGACAGAACAAAUAAUGGAAAGGAUAUCAUACGAAAUAGAACGGGACCCCGUACAAGUAAGAUUAAACAAUAUCGAACCAGCGUAUGUCGAAGUGCAAGAGAUGGUACAGACACUACUCAGAGAUGGUGAAUACAACAAACGUAAAGAGGAAGUUGACAAUUAUAACAAAGUGAACAGGUGGAAGAAACGUGGACUGAGAGUGGCCUUCAUGAAUUGGCCAGUUCCUAUACUUUUGGACUACCAUGUUUUGCUCUCCGUCUAUCAUGGAGAUGCAACUGUGGUAAUACACCACGGAGGAAUAGAAAUGGGACAAGGUAUUAACACUAAAGUUAUCCAAGCUGUGGCUUAUACCCUAAAAAUUCCGAUUGAGAAAGUCAAAUGUAAACCACCUACCACAUCAACUACUCCCAACGUCUUCACCACUGGAAGUAGCAGAACAACUCAGACUGUCUGUUUUGGUGCAAUAAAAUGCUGUCAGAUACUUCUGGAUCGGUUGUCAGCUGUACGAGACACGUUGAAUGAGCCUACUUGGGAAGUCUUAAUUGAAGUUGCCUUCAAUAGAGGAAUAAACCUUCAGACCAGCUAUCGAGUCACUGCCAAUGAUCAGUUACCAUACAGGUCAGGUGGAGUAGCUCUUACCGAAGUAGAACUAGACAUACUGACCGGAGAGCACGAGAUACUGAGAGUUGACAUUAUUGAAGAUGUCGGUACCAGCAUUAACCCAGAACUGGAUAUAGGACAGAUUGAAGGAGCCUUCAUGAUGGGAGUCGGCUACUGGACCCACGAGGAGCUGAUCUAUGACGAGAAGACUGGAGAGCUGCUCACAGACCGCAGCUGGUACUACAAGGUUCCUCUCACCAAGGACAUACCCAUAGACUUCCGAAUACAGCUCAGGAGAAACUCUUACAACCCUAUUGGGACUUUGGGUGCGAGGGCUGUAGCGGAGCCCCCCACGUGCCUGUCAAUUAGCGUUGCUUUUGCUCUGAGAGAGGCCAUUGUGUCGUCGAGGGAAAACACAGGAUAUCCCAGAAACAAAUGGUUUAGAGUUGACGGUCCAUUCACACUUGCUGCCAAUGUGCUAUCUGCAGACGCCAAGCUCGAAGAGUUCUUGUUUUAUUAAUCGUAACAUCAUUAUCAGUUUUAUAAUAACUAAAAAUUACGGUUUACUCACGUAAAUUAAUAGAGAAAAGCUCUACUAGUUUUGAGCCACAAAUGACUUCACCAGUAGGCUACGCGAAGUCGCCGCGUCUGCGCACGCUGCUCUUGAUGAAGAAUCCCUCUGUGACUCGAAACUAGUACUACAGCUUUUGUUCAUUAAUUUACGUGAGUAAACCGUAAUUUUUAGUUAAUCAUUAUCAUCAUCGGUGGAAGAGUAGGAUUAUUGACAAAUGUAUUCUCAUCUGUUAAAUAUAAUAAAUACAGCACAUAUAAUACAACAACAUGAUUGCUAUUUAAUGUAUGUAGGUAAAUAAGUAGCUAUCUUUUGUAUGAAUCUUUUAGAGUACUUACAAGUUUACUUAUCGGUUCGAAGCCGACGACGGAAUGAACAUGAAGACAACGGGUAUCUUAAGGCCGGGUGCAUAAGAGAUUUUUUUUUUUUGAGGGGGAAAGUCAUCCAAUGACUUCUCUCGCCUUGGGCAAAGCGAGAGGGAGUGUCAGACUCUUACUGACUAAAAACCACCCCGUUCCUACUCCUGCUUUUUGAGCCGGAGCCCCGGUAAACCCUACAUAUUUGCGUUUGUGCCAACGUAAACUUUCGAUAAGUGUAUGCGCAAGACAGACGCUGCGACUGUCGCGGAGAACUCCUCUGGAGCCAACUGAACGCUGAACUAACGAGUGAGAAAACGGUGGAGAAAGUGGCAAAGACCAAACACUUGCUGU